AACACAAUGAAGACGUGAAGCUGAUGGUUGUAUUUUCUGCAAGCUGAGGUUUCUGAUAAUGACUUGUCAAAGUUGUUUAUAAAGGUAUAGCAGCAUUUACUGAAGACAUCUCUUCUUCUGAAAUGUGAACAUAGGUGGCUUCACUGGUUGAAGAACCUUCUGGUUUAUCUCUGUUGGUCUGUUUACCUCAAGACAGGGGCCAUAAACACUUGGAAUGCAUUCCUUCCUCUCAGGUUGCUGACCCACUACAACCAUGCUGGAACGCUUUCCUCAAACGCCAGCAAAGAUGGUGUAGGCAAGAUUGAACUGCGAAGACAUGGCAGCAGUUCAGAGCUCUGUCUUGGAGGACCCAAACCUGGGGUCAGGCCCGGACGAGGAUGAGCUCUCAUUGUUGGAAGGAGACUCAGACUCUGGAAGCUUGCUCUCUGAUGAUUCUUUUCUCCCCGAUUAUGAACAAGAGGAAAGGAAAAAGGGAACUGCCAAUACAGUAUAUGAGGCUUGCGUUCAAAAUGACCCAGAGGCACUGAAGAGAGUGCUGGAACGAGAUGUGACCUAUGAUGAGGUCAUGGAAGUUGACAUUAAUGGCAGGAAUGGACUGAUGGUGGCCGCAUAUAAAGGCUUUCUUCCAGUUGUUUAUGAGCUGCAUGGCUGUCCGCAUCUGGAUAUUAACCACCAAGACAAUGAUGGCAACACAGCUCUAAUGAUCGCAGCUCAAGCCGGCCAUGUCUCCAUAUGUAACUACAUCAUGAAUUACUUCCCUGGAGCAGAGACAGAGAUCAGAGACAACAGAGGAUUCACUGCCCUCAUUAAAGCUGCCAUACAGGGCAGGAAUGAUGUGGUGGCAGCUCUUAUAAUGCACGGUGCUGAUAUGAAUGCCGUAGACUCCAACCGUGGUAAAUGUGCACGUGACUGGGCGCUGAAAACAGGUCGCUUUGAUACACUGAAUCGUCUGCGCCACCUCGCGCUUCAUCCCACAGCUGAACAGUUCUGUGACACCUAUGUCCCAGAGUGGCCCAGCCUUAAGGUGCUGGUCAGCAAGGCAACAGCUAAUAAGAGUGCUGGCCAGAAGCUGACGCAUCAUCUCAAGAGUACUUUUGGUUUCAGUUUCCCACGUGACCCGCAGGACAAUGGUGUUAUGGAUCACAUGGUGCGAAUGACCACCAGCCUACGCAGUCCGUUGAUAGCCACGGCCACACGGCCGUUGUGCCCAAGCAGCCCUCCGCAGAUAGGUAAACGCCGGCUUGCUGUGGCUGAGCUGAUGCAGAAGCACUCUCAGAAGCAGCUGGAAGAGAGUUCACUGUGCCAUCGAAACAGCUCCAUCUCCUCCAUUUCACCUUCUGUCCACUCGGCUGAGUCCGUCUCUUUGUCCUGCUGUGCUGAUACCGAGAGGCGUGGCAGUGUGAUUUCCAUUGCUCAGUCUGGAAUGCGCGCAUUCAUUCCUCGUAGCGUAGCAUCAAGGCGAAACAGCGUCUUCCCCUCUGGCUGUAUCCCACAGAUCAAAGUUACCAAAUCCUCUGAGCCCACCCCGAAAAAGGAGAAGAAGAAGAAAAAUCAGAAAGGUUACCUGGAGCCUCCAAAGUGGAAGUAUAAGGAGGCCAAGGAUGAAAAGAAAAAAGAGAAGAAAGCGUUGAAGGAAAAGGGAGAGAAGGAAAAGGAGAAGAAAAGCAAAGACAAGGAUAAAGGAAAAAAGAAAAAGCAUGAUGACUAAGGGGCCGUUCACAUAUCGCGGCUAAAAAACGUGUGGAAAAAAACACGGGGCGCACCGAUUUCUCCUUCUUUCCAAAGCGCUCUGUAGCUUGUGCUCCCGAGGCGUCUGCCAUUGCUAAGCAAAUAUGAUCCACACUCUCAAUUAAGACGCGGAAGUUUCAUCAAAGGACAAACGGAUUUCCAGCACUAAAAAUCGCUUGCUGUAGCUCUGCUACUAAAUUUAUUUAAUAAUGGCUAUCCCUGUACAGCUAUGAUCAGGUUUUUCUCCAUCUUGGCUGAGCUUUCAAUGUUGUUACGGAAAGGAUGAAGCUAAUUGGUUGGUUCUUGUCGCAUGACCUGCGGUGCGCUUGCGGCAUUCUGAAAAGUUGAGAUGUUUUCAUCUCAUUGCAGCGCGGAUGCACCUGAAAAAACUGAGCGCGCCGCACUGCGUGCGCGUCGCAACCACAUCACUUCCGUUAUCCGCGCGUGCCGUGCAUCUACAUUUGAAAUGACAAACUUGAGUGUGCAAAAGAAGUGAUAUGUGAACGGCCCCUAAGAUGGCCUUUUUUAACUCUUUUAAAACAAAAGAGAACCCCGGGUAUUAAGGCUUGUAUAGCUUAAUAUAACACACAUAGUAGGUGUGUUUCCAUUACAGAUUUGCGCAAAACUUUGGUGAUAUUUUAUAAAUGUCGAUUAAAAAAAUAUUGCGAAAUGACGUUUUCAUUAACCGAUGUUAUGUGACUAAAACAUAAUUUGUUCCUCUCACAAUAAGUCAUGGCAACAGAUUUUGGUGGGAUUUGGACGGACGGCCAUUACACGCCGCAAAUGCGUGCAGCGUACACAGUCUAAGGAUUAAUAUCAGGGAAGCCCCUUGUACUUGAGAACGGCUACGUAUGAACUGUUUCUUGGAGUUUAUAGUAUAUUGAAGAAUGAUCAUAUGGCUUUUUACAUGUGCCAUGUGACCUGUAAAUGCGAAAAAGCCGUUUCCAUUGCAGUUUUGCGAAAUAUUCCUUUUUCGAAUUGCCUGAAAAACCACCUCAUGCGAGCGUAAAAACUUUUUUGUGAUAUAUGGGAGUUUCUGCUGUUUGUAAGUUCUUUCAGUUGCUGUGGUCUAAAAGCCUCAAAGGCAUCAGGGCUAAAGUGUAUAAAACCAAAAUGUGGGUCUUUAGGAAGUUUUAUUUGUUUACAGGCAUCUUUCAAUUCUCUUCUCCUCUUCUUAUCACUAGGAAAGCAGUGAAGACUUACAUCGCUUCUCUUGUUGCCCUUUGACUGAAAAUUACAACCAAAGGCUGCACAAUGUGGCACUAUAUAUAUAUAUAUAUAUAUAUAUAUAUAUUUUUUUUUUUUUUUUU